CUGACACCGGCAAACCCAACCCUUUUGGAGAGGCGUGAACGGAACAUACUCCACCACCMCCACCGAUUCGAUUCGAUUCGAUUCGAUUCGAGAACAACGCCGGCCAAAGACCUUCCCUGCCAGCGAGCGAAGCGAAGCGAUGGAGGAACCGACGCCGGCUGUGAACAACAGCAGCAGCAGCAGCAGCAGCAGCCCCUGCUACCGGGCCCGGGGGGACGCGGCCAACGCCUUUCUCCUGGUGGGUGCCCUCGGGUACGCCUUCCUCGUCCUGUGCUUUGCGCGGCCCGGCAGCGAGGGGGUGGUGGACGAGCACUGGAAGAAAGCCGGCUUCUGCAUCCACAACAAGGAGGUCCCCUACCGCUCCAGCUUCGAUGCCUGCCUGUACCUCGACGUGGUCCUCUCGGCCGUCCUGGGCGCCAUGUACCUCUCCUGGAGCAAGCUUCCGGGCAUGGAGGCCCCGAGCAAGCUCGUCCCUAGCCUCGUUGCUUCCACGGUGGGCCACGGGGUCGCGCACGGUGUGAUGGCGAAGGAACUCCGCGAAAGGAUCGCCGGGGGAAUGGCGGAGGCUGCUUCUGCUGCUGCUGAUUCGAACGGCGGCGGCGAGAGCGGCCCCAAGCCCUGGCAGCUGGCCGGUUUUUGCGUCGGAUUCUGGUUCCCGCUGCUCGGGGCGGCCCUGCCGGGCCUCCGCCACGGGACCCUCUUCCUCUGCGCGGUUGCCGCCACGUGCGGGAACGCGGUGGUCCGGAAGGAGCUCGCCUUUGGGUACGUCCAGACCGUCGUCAACGUCGCGUUUGCGGCGAGCCAGCUCUUGCUGCCCCCGGACCAGAAGAACGAGCGGGAGUACGCCCUCCUGCCCCUGGCGGGGGUCCUCCCGAUCGUGGUGUCGUGGGCGGAGGCCCUGUGCUGCGAUUCUCUGGUUCGGUCGCUGGGCGGACACGCCCUGUACGACGCCAGCAUCAUCGUGAGCGUCAUUGUGUUUUACUCAGAAAGCUAUCUCCACUGCACGGCGAAAAGAGCGGCGCCGAAGAAAACCGGCGAUGCGCUUGGCGACAAGGAAAAGACCCGGUAAGACACCCGCGCUGGGACGACGGGGACAGCAGAACGUUCGAACGAACGAACGAACGAACGAACAAACGAACGAAGGAAUCACAUCCUUCGACCAUUCCCAGGAUUCAAUGCUUCUCCCGGAAAUCCAUCGCAUGCACCAAUCCAGCAGGAUCGAAAACAUCGUUGUAGGACGAACACAACAAUACAUCCAUGACGGUGUCGAACAAGAGUGAUGAUAGAACCAAACCCCGACUUGCGGGCGCAAAGACAAAAACCGCGUUGCUAGAGAGCACUACUGCUAUCGUCGUGAUUGCUAUUCGAAACAAUCCAGCUGAACCCAACGACUCCUAAUUUGAAUACGACCAGUGCUACGCCAGAAAAAAAGCAAAAGCCAGAAUCAACACGCCCGUGACAGCACCAGCAACCACAGUGAUUGGAGCUGCAGAAUUAGCAUUGCAUUGUAAAGCAAUAAUAGCUACUGUUUGAC